UAAAAGGAAAGAACAAGCUUUGCCACUCUUGCACACAAACAAAACACGAAGUCGUUCAGCAUAAGGGUUAGUCCUCGGAUGCAGAGUCAGGCGACCAGAUGCCUGGAAGAGUUCAAUGUUUUCUUCACACAUCUGUUCCUAACCGGCUCUCAAGAGGGAAAGAUGAGGGGAGAACGCUCUUUGAGUAGUGAUUCGUCCGCUGAAGUAACUUCAACAACUAGGUCUUAAACUUAGUGGAAGAGAAAAAGCAUGGAAUAGAUACAGAGUAUGGCUAAUUAUCAAAUUUUAGUGGCUGUGUGUGUUUGUCUUUGUGGGGCAAAACUGGGUGCAGAGGGCGGUAGGAGUGAAUGGACCUUUGUGGAUUACUUUAAAUUUGGCAAAGAGGCCUAUCUUGCCAAUGAUUGGAAGAACUGUGAUGAAAACUUCAAUUUGGCUAUUGAAGAUUACCGAUAUUACAAGCAGGUGGUGCUGAGGUGUAAAAAGGUUUGCCGUGCUGAAUCUAAAGAAUACGCCGGAACCAAGUCCGGAGGGAAAGAAAAAUACUUGGAAGUAUUUGAAACCUUCGUGAACGAAACCUUGUGUUUGAUGCGUUGCAAACGAAAGGGUUUCGAGUCCGACAAGUACAACCAAAUUCCGACUGAGAUGCAAAAAGAAAUGGAAAAAUUGGAAACCUACAACUACUUACAGCUUUGCUACUAUCAGAUGACGGAGUAUGCCAAAGCAGCCGAUGCCGCUUUCACUUAUCACAUUUUGCACCCGAAUAGCGAUAUCAUGCUGAGCAAUAUUCAUUACUACAUCAAUUCUCCCGGAGUUGUCAAAGACAAUGUGAUUAACUUGGAAAAUCUGAAAUACACGAAAUAUUUCAUGGACGCUGCUCAAUAUUAUCGGGAUGAGAGCUGGCAACAAGUGAUCGACAACAUGGAACAAGUCAUUCCCAAGUAUUUGGAAUCCGAAGAAGAUUGUCGAUUCGAUUGCGAGAAGCCAUUCGACAUGGGUUGGUUUCCAGAUUUUAUCACCUCCGUCGCCAAUCAUUUCACGUUCUGUCUGCGUUGCAAGCUUAAAUGUCCGGGCAAAUUGGAAAACCUCGACGGGGAAGUGAUCGAGGGCCUAUUUCCUCUCACUUAUCAUUACCUCCAAAUUGGAUAUUUCAAAGUGGGAGAUCUAAAGAGCGCUGCCCAAUGUGUGGAAUCGUAUUUACUAUUUUAUCCUGAAGACGAGGACAUGACUUUGAACAGAGAAUACUACCAGACCAAAGAAGGAGCUGACCCUUCAUGGUUUCAACCUUGGGACGAAGUGGUUCAAUACUUUAACCGACUCAAGCAUGAGAAGGCCCUUCUGUCCAGGAUCGAUGAGAGCUUCAAGGAAUUUGAAUCAAAUCCUGACUUUGUGGAAUCCAAGGCCCUAGAGGCACCCAAAUUAGAUGAAAAGGAAGAAGUCAUCAUUGUUGAAGAUUACAAGCCAACCCCGCCGCCAAUGGUCAAAUUUGAGCUCUGACAGACUUAGAUGUGAUCUACCGAGGCCAAAGUCUAAACAACGUGUUCAUUUAUUUUUUCAUAAAUGAAAGGUCAACAAUAAACAAGUGUGUCAUGUAGA